AGUGCACUUUCUGUAGAACAUUGUAGAGACAAUCCAUCAUGUCUGUGCUCAAAAGGAUCGAGGAAAUCGAGGCCGAAAUGGCCAGAACGCAAAAGAACAAAGCAACCUCCAACCAUUUAGGUCUUCUCAAAGCCAAACUUGCUAAGCUUCGUCGUGAGCUGUUGACUCCAAGCAGUGGUGGUGGUGGUGGCGGUGUCGGUUUCGACGUUGCAAAGACUGGUGUUGCUCGUAUUGGUUUUGUUGGUUUCCCGUCGGUCGGUAAAUCAACUCUCAUGUCCAAGCUCACUGGAACACACUCUGAAGUCGGCGCAUACGAAUUCACAACAUUGACAACCGUGCCCGGUAUUGUGCAAUAUAAAGGUGCUAAACUUCAGAUCCUGGAUUUACCAGGCAUUAUCGAAGGUGCAAAGGACGGUAAAGGUCGUGGUCGCCAAGUCAUUGCUGUGGCUCGUACCUGCUCAUUGAUCUUUAUCGUGUUGGAUGUGCUCAAGCCUCUUACCGACAAGGGUAUCAUCGAAAAGGAAAUGGAAGGCUUUGGUAUUCGACUUAACAAGAAGCCACCGAAUAUUGCAUUCAAAAAGAAGGAGAAGGGCGGUAUCACGGUCACCAACACUGUUCCUUUGACUAACUUUGAUGCUGAUGAAAUCAAGGCUGUUCUCAGCGAAUAUCGUAUUCACAACGCCGAUGUCAACAUUAAGGAAGAUUGUACUAUUGAUGAGUUCAUUGACGUUAUAGAGGGUAACAGAAUAUACAUCCCCGCCGUCUAUGUUCUCAACAAGAUCGAUUCCAUCUCCAUCCAAGAGCUUGAUCUGAUUUACAAAAUUCCUAACGCUGUUCCUAUAUCAUCGCAACAUGGAUGGAACUUUGAUGAGCUUUUGGAAACCAUGUGGUCCAAACUGGAUUUGGUCCGCAUUUACACAAAACCGAAAGGCAAGUUGCCCGAUUAUGAUCAGCCAGUGGUUCUGAAGCGCGACGCCUGCACGGUUGAAGACUUUUGUAACUGUAUCCACAAAGCCAUCUUGGCCAACUUUAAGAGCGCUCUGGUAUGGGGUAACUCUGUCAAGCAUAACCCUCAAAAGGUUGGCAAGGAACACGUUUUGGACGACGAAGAUGUGGUGCAGAUCAUUAAACGUAUCUAAGCCUCAUCUCCCUUGUCAUACCUUAAGCGACAGUAAAGUCUAGGCAAUUUUUUUCAACCAAGGCCCUUUAGAAACGGCCCAAUGCUGUUAAUAGGAAAACAAAAAUAAAAAAAAUAAAAAAAUAAAAUUUGCACACAACGUCGGAUGAAACCUGUUCUGCCGCUGCUCGUGCUGCUUGC